CAUCACGUAGUGCGUGCGUGAAGCGGAUGUUAAUAAUAGGUAAUGCUACGAGUGAAAUGCAAAAAAUGUUGAAAUUGGAGCGUUUCGUGAGUCCGGGGAAAGGGAACGGUGUCCGGGCGAAUGUGGCGUUGAGGAGAGGGCAGCUGGUGCUGUCCGCUGAGCCACUGGCCUGCUGUGUUUCGAACAGAGUGAGGAGUCAAGUCUGUCACCACUGCUUCUCCUGGGGAGAAACCUUGAAGAGAUGUUCUCAGUGUAAGGCCGCCCGCUACUGCAACGCCAUGUGCCAGAAACAAGCUUGGUCCAUACACAGGAGAGAGUGUAAGUCUUUGCAGAGACUCUCUCCCAGAAUUCCCCCUGACUCUGUCAGACUGGCUGCCAGAAUCAUCUUUGCCUUGCUCAGUUCAUCAAAAAACCUCAGUGAGGAGCUGUAUACUGUGGAGGAGCACGAGUCACACCUGAGUUUGAUGUCGGAGCAGAAGAAACAGGGUCUGUCUGAGCUGGCCUCCACGUUACAGCUGUACCUGCAACAGGAAGCAGCUGGUUUGGAACCGAUCAUGACAUCAGCACUGCCGCCAUCGUGUCAAGACCCACUGAGUCUGAUGGCCAAGAUAAUCUGCAACUGUUUCACCAUCUGUGACAAAGAGCUGCAGGAGAUUGGAGUUGGACUGUACCCCAGUCUCUCCCUGUUAAACCACGACUGUAGGCCCAACUGUGUGAUGAUGUUUGAUGGACCACUGCUGCAGCUCAGAGCUGUUGUAGACAUCAGACCUGAGGAGGAGCUGACCAUCAGCUACAUCGAGACUUUAUCAGUGACUGCAGAGCGACAGAAGCAGCUGCAGGACCAGUACUACUUCACCUGCCGCUGUCAGCUGUGCAGCUGUGGAGCAGAGCAGGACAGGUUCAUGUUGUCGGGGGAAGAAGCAAAAUGGCAGCAGUUGAAGGAAGUUCUCCCAGAACUGGAGAAACACAAAACCCAGAACAAUUGGGAAACGUUGCUGAAAAGCUGUCGUCGUUUGUUGUCGACUGUUGUCAACAACGUUCCUGAUGAAAAUGUUUACAAGCUGAAACUGACGGACAUGGCAGUGGACGCCUGUGUUCACCUGCAGCUGUGGGAGGAGGCACUGAGCUUUGGACGGAAGACCCUCUCUGUUUACAAACGGUACUUUCCUGAUCCACAUCCAGUCCAUGGAGUUCAGCUGAUGAGGGUUGGAAAACUACAGCAUUAUUUAGGUCACAUCCAGGAGGCUUUGGACACCUUCAGACAGGCCUUUCAGAUCCUGGAGCUGACCCACGGCAGGACUCACCCGUUAACCACUGAAGUUCUGACUAAGAUGGAGGAGUGUCAGUCAGAGUGGGCUCAGACUCAUGACCGUGACCUGGUCACAUGAUCACACUGCUCCACAGACUGAAUGAACACUGUCUCACUCGUGUCUGUUGUUUUUGUUGUUGAUGGAGGUUUGUUCAAAAUCACAACUGUGUUGUGAUUGGAGGGCUGCCAGUCCCUGCAAUGAUGAUGUCAUCAGAGUGUGUUUCUUAUUAUUACUGUUUUAUACGUCCGUCUACUCUCACAAAACACUUCUUUUUGACAUGAUGUUGUAGUGCAGCCGAGACAGGAGGCUUUUGAAUAAAUUCCUUUUCAACUUUUUUCUUACAGUGUUACAGUGGUUGUAUUUUACUGAAGGACAUAACAACCAUUCACACUGACAUUCAUAGCUACAGUUAAAAGGCAGCACAUAAAAAAAGACAAGUGUUAGCAUGAGUGAACAGGUUAGCAUCAGCUAACAUCAAAAAUGUCUUUUAUUUCUGCCUUAAAUCCUGUGAGAAAAGAGAGAACGUUCCACACACUGUACUACACGACAGGUCACAUGCUUAUUCCGACUGUGGAGACACAACA